UGUAAACUCUGUUAUUUAAUGUUUUAGGAGCAGAGGUGCAGAUAGAAGGUCUACUGUUUCCUAUUGUCUUCUGCAGGCGUCAAGCUACCCACCUUCCCUACUGCACCAAGGAUUCUGCAGCCCAUUGAGGACUCCAACAUGUUGCACGAUACUUCCACUGAAGAUGGAGCCACGUCUGACCAAGUGGAGCAUGCGGACAGUCCCCAGAGCAGUGAAAUGGCCACUCCUAGAUCUCAUCAUGCAGCGAGAGGUCAUGCGAGGGAUGGCUAUCGCUCCAGGUCCAACAGUAGGUCCAGUGGUGGAUCCAGCAUCAGGUCCAGGCACAGUGAUGGUGCGAGGUCCAGACAUGACGGGUCACGGCACAGGUCCAGACAUGAUGCCCGAUCUCGUAGUGAUGACGGAUCCCGUAGUGAUACCCCCGGUCCCCCGGCCAGGUCCAGACAUGAUGACGGAUCCCGUAGUGAUACCCCCGGUCCCCGGCCAGGUCCAGACAUGAUGACGGAUCCCGUAGUGAUA